UUAUCGUUGUUGUAAAAAUAACAUCAUUUUUUUCUUGGAAAACUUUUUACAAAGGAAAAUACAUAUAAUACUUGCUUGGUUUAGAAGAAAAACUAUUAAAAAACAUGUUUAAAAAAAUAGUUUAGUUAUUGUUUAUUUUGUUUUGUGUAUUUAAUUAUUAAAUUUAUAAGAAAAAAUUGAUGGCGGCUUGUCAAGCGUCAAAUCUCUCAAAGAGAAAAAGCAUUGAAGCUGAUAAUAGAGAAUCUAAAAAAUUAAAAUCAAAUCCCAAUCAAAUUGAUAUGUUUUGUUGGGGAAGUACAGUACACGGUGAACUUGGUCUUGGUGGUAUUGAAGAUGAAAAUAUACCAGUACCACGUGAAUUAAAUUUUGAAAAAGCCACUCAAAUACAAGAAAUAGCAUGUGGUGAAAAUUAUACAGUUGUAAUAACAAAUAAUGGACAAGUAUAUUCAUGUGGUAAUAAUGAUUACGGUCAACUUGGUCAUGAUAAACCAAAAAAAAGAUUACAGCUAAUACCUGGUCUUGAUGCAUUUACAUUUAAAAAAGCAGCAUGUGGAGCAAGUCAUACACUUGCUGUAAAUGAAUGGGGACAAUUAUUUAGCUGGGGCUCAAAUUCAGAUGGACAACUUGGUUUAAAUACAACUAAUAUUAUUGAAUCAACACCAUCAAUGGUUAAAACACUUGGUACAAGUGUUAUAAUACAAAUAUCAUGUGGUUUAAAACAUGUUAUUGCAUUAACAAAUAAUAGUGAAUUAUAUGCAUGGGGAUCAAAUAGUGAUGGACAACUAGGACUUGGUAGUAAUAUUAGUAGUACAUCAAAGCCAAUAUUAAUAUCAACAUUAUCAUCAGUACCAAUAUCAUUUAUAACAUGUGGUGGUUAUCAUACAAUUGUCGUUACAAAAUCUGGUGGUAUUUAUGGAUGGGGUAGAAAUACAUUUGGUCAAAUUGGUGUUAAUAAUACAACAAAUGUAUUAUUACCAUGUCAAUUGAGAACAUUGAGAAAUACACGUGUACGUUAUGUAUCAUGUGGUGAAAAUUUUACAGCAUUUUUAACAAUUGAUGGUGGUGUAUUUACUUGUGGUGCUGGUAUGUAUGGACAAUUAGGACAUGGUAAUAAAAAUAAUGAAAUAUUACCACGUAAAGUUAUGGAAUUAAUGGGUAGUAUUGUUACACAAAUAUCAUGUGGUAAACGUCAUAUGUUAGCAUUUGUACCAUCACGUGGACGUGUUUAUGCAUGGGGUCUUGGUGGUGCUGGACAACUUGGUAUACGUGCAACAAUAAGUGUUACAACACCACAAGUUGUACUUGGUCCAUGGGUAUCACCAAAUGGAUCAGCAAUAUAUAAAGUUGAUACACCAAUUAGUGAUUACAGUGCUAAUUGUGUUGUUAGACAUAUAUUUUCUGGUGGUAAUCAUUGUUUUGUAACUGUAACUAAACGUGAGGAAAAUAUAGAGCCAGAUGAUUGUAGAAUAUUAGAUGCUUCUACACAAAUUUUGACAAUUACAGAAAAACAUAUUAAUACUUGUCAAAAAAUUCCAAUGGGUGCACCACUUGAUCAUGAACUUUUAACAUAUCUUGAAACAAUAUUUCAAAGUCAAGCAUGUAUAAAUGCAUCAUUUCUUUUGCCAAAUGAUGAACAUUAUGGAUGUUCUAGUAAACAUUCUGGUGUUGAUUUUGAACAAGCUUCAAGAUACUUUGGACUAAUAUCAGACAUACAAAAUAAUACAAUACGUGAAUUGAUAUUUACAUCAAUUGUUGAAAGUUUAAUACCUUCCUUGGCAGUUUCACCUCCAGAUGUUGAGUCACUUCGUGUUUAUGCAACUCUUCCAUUUUAUCAUGGCUUUAGUGAACCAACAAAAGUUGAAAAUUUACAAAAACCAUUUGCUCGUGCUGUACUUAGUUUAAAACCUGAAGCUAAAAAAAUAGUUGGUCUUUGGUGGACAAAAGCACCAGUACAAUUAUUUCAUCGUCUUAUUAGAUCAUACAAAAAUAUUGUCAUAGAUAUUCUUAAAAAAGGUCAAGCAGAAUCACAAAAUAAUAAAAGUCAAGUAUUUAAACUUGAUGGUUCAUCAUUAGUAUUUAUUCUUGAUAUGUUACAAUUUAUAAAUGAAUUGAAUACAAAUGAUAAUCAAGGUUUACAUGUGCCUUAUGAAUUAUUUCAUAUACAUGAAUUAAUUGAAAUAAUAAAUAUUAGAGCUGAUUAUUUAAGAUGGUUACGUAGUAAUGAUUCAACAUCAAAAUAUACAUUUUGUAAUUAUCCAUUUUUAUUUGAUGCUCAAGCAAAGACAUUAUUACUUGAAACUGAUCAAUCAUUACAAAUGAAUUCAGCAAUGCAUGAAGGAGUUACACGUGGAUUACCAAUUAGAAUUUUAAGUUCAUUGCUACAUAAUCCAUUUCAAUUACAUCUUUUAACAUUAAAUGUAUCAAGAGAUAAUAUUGUUGCUGAUACACUUAAAGAAUUAACUGAAAAAUCACCAAAUGAUUUAAAAAAACCAUUAAAAGUUAAAUUUCAUAAUGAAGAAGCUGAAGAUGCUGGUGGUGUUAAAAAAGAAUUUUUUUUAUUAUUAUUAAGAGAAAUAUUAGAUCCAAAAUAUGGUAUGUUUAAACAGUAUGAUGAAACAAAUACAAUAUGGUUUAGUGAAGAUACAUUAGAAGAUGAAAGUAUGUAUUUUUUAAUUGGUAUUAUUUGUGGUCUUGCUAUUUAUAAUUUUACAAUUAUUGAUUUACCAUUUCCACUUGCAUUGUAUAAAAAAUUAUUGGGUGAAAAAAUAUGUUUAAGUGAUGUUGAUGAUUUAUCACCAGUACUUGGUAAAAGUUUACAAAAUUUAUUGGAUUAUAAUGAUGAUGAUUUUGAGGAAGUAUUUUGUUUAAAUUUUCAAGUAUCACGUGAGGCAUUUGGUGAACAACGUGUUUAUGAAUUAAUUAAAAAUGGCAGUAAUGUGCCAGUAACUAAUGAAAAUAAAAAAGAAUUUGUUGAUCUUUAUGUUGAUUAUAUAUUUAAUAAAUCAGUUGAAAAACAUUUUUCUGCUUUUUAUAAUGGUUUUCAUAAAGUUUGUGGUAGUACUGUACUCAAAUUAUUUCGUAGCCAUGAACUGAUGGCUGUUAUUGUUGGUAAUGAAAAUUAUGAUUGGAAAGAACUUGAAGCUAAUGCAACAUACAAAGAAGGCUAUACUGAAAAUGAUCCAACAAUUAAAAUUUUUUGGCAAGUAUUUCAUGAACUUCCACUUGAAGAGAAAAAGAAAUUUCUUUUAUUUUUAACUGGAAGUGAUAGAAUACCCAUCCAGGGAAUGAAGGCAAUUAAAAUUAUCAUACAACCUUUGUUUGAUGAUAAAUUUCUACCAGUUGCUCAUACUUGCUUCAAUCUUUUGGACUUGCCAAGAUACCAAACUCGUGAAAGACUGCGUUACAAGCUGCUUCAAGCUAUCCAACAAACUCAGGGAUUUUCAUUAGUAUAAUAUAUUUAUUUAUUUUAAAAAAUACAUGUUAAACUCAAUCAUUCAACUGAUGUAUAAUUUAGCCAGAACAAAGAAAUGUGAUUAAUAUUUAUUCAUGUUUAUUUUUGCCUGUCGUAAAAAUUAAUUUGUGCCGAUUAAAAUUGGCUGGUCCAUGGUCCAUUGUCUGAAUAUUAUUAUAUAUUUUUUUAAAUAAUGCAUAAAUAAAUUAUGUUGAUAGAUAAUUAAAAAGCUUGCAACAAAUUAAAAAUAUAUUUUUUUGAUUAAUUAGAAAAGAAAAAAUUUAUCUAUUUAAUAUUUUUCUAAAUCAAUUUACAUGACGAUAAAUAAAAUAGAAACGACAAUAUUAUAAAAAUUAAAAAGACAACGAAGUCUCUAUUUACAUACUCUAUCAUUGUUGUGCUAUUGUGCUUUGACAGUCAAGUUAUAAUUCAGAGAUAUAAAAUGAGUAAUAGAAAUUAUUUUACCAUCAAAUACAACAAAUAUUUAUAAAUUACAUUUUUCCUAUAUUUAUGUAUUUAAAUUUCUGUGAAAAAAACUUGAUAAUGUCAUGAAAAAUAUUUGUCUAGUUUAUGUAAAACACAAUAAAGUUAAUAAAAUUCGUUGCAGAUCCUCCUUAUAUAAAAAGAUUACUUGAAUGUUGCUAAUUCUACACUGAAAGGUUUUUAUUUUUCGUUAGAAAUAAAAUUAGCAACAAUAGAACAAAUCUUAGAGAAAAUUUUGUUUUUCUAUUUUACUUUUUAAUUAUUUAUGUUUUAUUUAUCAAUAAAAAAAUUUUAAUUCAAAAAUAA